CCUGUCCUCCACUUGCGUCCGUUAAAACUUAAAAAGUAUACGAAGUUAAAACGGCGAUUAUCCUUCACUGUCUCCGCUCACGUACACUGUGGAAAAUAGAUAAUAAAUAUAUACCCAAUCACACUUCUGUUGCGCAGUAUUCAUUCAUUCAUCAGUGUGUGUAAUUGAUAUUGGGGUUUGUGUUUAUUGGCUUGGCCCAAUUAUCAAUGCCUUUUAUUUAUCAAAGUUCCCCCUUUUGAAUUUUUUGUCACUCCGCAUUAUCUUUCUUGGAUCUGUAAAAAGGAAGGAAAAAAGGAAAGAUUCAACCCAUUCGAGUGCGUGUUUAUUUUGCAGAAAGCAGAGUGUAACUCAGGAAUAGGAGCUUUGUCUUACAAGGAAAAUUGUGUUGUAAAGGGUCAUGGGAAUUUUCGCAGCUUUUGGGGAUGAGUUCGUGCUGGGGUUUCCAGUGUGGAGAAGGAUUUACUUAUAGCAAAAGGCCUUUAAAGCUCGUGCUACGAACUUUCAGCAGAAUGGAAAAGUAGUUGUGACAGAAAAAAUGGAUCCUCAGGCUUUCAUCAGACUUUCGAUUGGGUGUUUGGGAAUCAGAGUUCCUAGUGCACCUCCAAAAUCUCCGAAAUCCGAUAUUUCUUUAUUCUCUUCACCAUGCGUGUGCGAAAUCCGUUUAAGGGGCUUUCCUGUUCAGACAACACAAGUCCCUUUCAUAUCAUCACCCGAAGCAACACCGAAUUCUUACAGCGUGGCCUCGAGUUUUUAUUUAGAAGAAUCGGACCUGAAAGCCCUUUUGGCGCCUGGAUGUUUUUAUGCGCCACAAGCUUGCUUAGAGAUAGUAGUUUUUAUGGGGAGAAAAGGAAGCCACUGUGGUGUGGGCCUGAAGAGGCAGCAGAUUGGGGUGGUUAGGCUGAAUGUGGGCCCUGAAUGGGCUGAGGGAAAGCCCGUUGUUCUUUUCGAGGGCUGGAUUGGGAUUGGGAAAAGCGGGAAAUUGGGUGCUGAGCUUCAUUUGAGGGUGAAAUUGGACCCUGACCCUAGAUAUGUGUUUCAGUUUGAGGAUGACACUAAAUUGAGUCCCCAGAUUGUUCAGCUUCAGGGCAAUGUGAAGCAACCGAUUUUUAGCUGCAAGUUCAGUCGAGACAGGGUAUCCCAGGCGGCGGACCCACUCUGGUCAAACUCCGUUGACCAAGACAGCGAGAGACGAGAACGCAAAGGUUGGAGAGUCAAAAUACACGACCUUUCAGGCUCAGCAGUAGCUGCUGCUUUCAUAACCACUCCCUUUGUCCCCUCAACGGGCCGCGACUGGGUUGCCAAGUCCAACCCAGGCGCUUGGCUCAUAGUCAGGCCCGAUUCCUGCAGGCCCGAAAGCUGGCUCCCUUGGGGAAAACUCGAGGCUUGGCGCGAGCGCGAACGCGGGAUUCGAGACUCCGUCUGCUUCCGUUUUCACGUCUUCGCUGACGGUGGUGAGUUUCUCAUCUCGGAAAUCCUGCUCAGUGCUGAAAAGGGUGGGGAGUUUUUCAUAGACACUGACCAGCAGCAGGCCCAGGCCCGAACUGGGCCGGGCCAGGGCCCGAGCCCGCAGAGUAGUGGGGAUUUUGCGGGCUUGGGCCCGGUGGAGGGUGGGUUUGUGAUGAGGUGUCGGGUGCAAGGGGAGGGAAAACCGAGCAAGCCGUUGGUACAGCUGGCGAUGAGGCAUGUGACAUGCGUGGAGGACGCGGCUAUAUUUAUGGCGCUUGCGGGGGCUGUGAAUCUGAGUGUCGAGGCGUGUAGAACCUUCCGGAAGAAGGUGAGGAUAGGGGCUCAUUCUUGGUGAGUUGUUGUUUAAUUGGGGUUUCUGUUUGUGUUGUUGUACGAUUUAGAGCGUGUGUACAGUGGGAAAACUUACUUGGCCGUGUGUGUGGUGGUUCUAAUUGUUUCUCACAUGUCAGAGUUAACUCUUGGAUGACUUAUUUGGUAUAGCUGUGCUGCUCGUAACUGUUUUAGAAAACUCAACGGCCUCCCCAAUCGGUAGCUUCAUUUGAGUUUUGUAUCUUUAUUACAUUUUUACGUUACUUUUUUUUUUUUUCCUAUUUUUUCUUUCCGAAAUUAGGACGGAAUUUAAUCGUUAUCCAUAUCGAACUCCAUUUUUAGGCUGCUCUGCUGGUGCAAACGUUUGCAGAGUUGCUCGGUUUUUCUGCCCAUCAUGUUUGCACAAACCAUGAGAAUUGUCAAUAAAACCAAUUGACUUGAACCUCUUUAACAAUUGCAAAUUUGGAGACGCAAGAG